GUCCAAGUCGAACACAGUUAAUAUUCGCUAAUUAAACACUCAAGAUGUUCUCCAACAAGUGCCACUUUGUGUUCCUUUUGGUUUGCUGCCUGAUUGCCGCUGCCGCAGCUGCAAGUUUGGAUUCGGAGCUGCUUAUUCGUCGGGAGCGUUCUCCUCAGCAUGGUUCUGUUGUCAUCUCGGGUAGCAAGGAUCAUCAGACAGGACGUCAAGCGGGCGUGCAGUAUAAUCACAAUCUUUAUACCAGUCGAGAUGGGCGUGGCAGCAUUGACGCCUAUGCGAAUGCUCAGCGUAACUUUGACCACAACCGUAACAAUUUCGGUGGCGGAAUUCAGGGAAGAUGGCGUUUCUAAAGAACCGAUAGUAUUAACAUAUUCACAAUGAUUCACAAACAAUAAAAGUGUUACUAAGAAAAACAAUAAACUAUUUAAAAAUAUUGUUAUUUAA